GUCCAUCCUGUCCGUCUGCUUACCGAAUUUGUUCUAUUGGGUCGCUUAAGAUGGGGGCUCCGAUUAACCAAGAGGCUCGAGCGAGUAUGGGAAAUGACAGGUCCGGGGAUGUUUUCUUUUCUUUUUCUUUUUUCUUUUCUUCGAUUUUAUCUUUUUUUGACAAAGUUAACUCAGGUAGGCAGGACUAGGGCCGGGACAGCUGGGAUCUGCCCAGGCUAAACAAGCCCUGUCCAUGGAUCUUGCCUGUCGGAACAGCGAUGCGCGGGCGGGUCCUUCCCCAGCCCCCCCUUCCCAAAGGAGGGCAGUAGUCUCUGGCCCGCUGGUUUCUCCCCAUGGAAAUCGCGCGCUGGGAAGGGAUGAUGUGGAGUACAGGACGAGUGCUGCACGUGACUGCCAAGAAGAGUCCUCAUUCGUCUCUCCAACCCCUGCGCCGAGCAGGGGAGGGGGAGGGGCGCCGACAGCGCGGUCUGAUUGAGCCCAGCAAGCGUCCGUCGGUUCGACGCCCGCAAAACUCCAGCCAACUGGCGGACGGGAUCGCCCUAUUGAUAGACAGCGCACGCCUCCGGAUCGAUAGAGUGUGGCAACCUGCGAGUUUUUCUGGGGCCGGAGAAGGCCAGCCGAGGGUUCAAUUUGGUUUUGGUGGGUGGGGGGGUUUUUUUUCAAUUGCGCGCACUGCGCAGACCGCCUUUUGGUGCGGGCGUCUUUGGGAAGGAGCGGCGGGCUGGCCUGGCCAAGUCUUUGGGCGAUGUUUGUGCCGCGCGACUGCAGUGUGUUGGCUGCCCGUUUGGCCCCCUAUUUUCGGGGCCGACGCAAUGGGCCUGUUUGCACUCAUGCCCUGUGCCGUCGCAUUCAUCCGAAGAAGGGGGGAAAGAGAAGCAAGCUCGCACAACCCAUCUGGCCCGGUCGACCUAUCUCCAAAAUUAAAUUCAAAUCCCAUAAUCCCUGCCUUCGCUGGCGACUCUUUUUUCAAACACACCUGCUCUAGCUCACCUUCUUGCGCCGCAACUGUCGGACCUGGGCCAGCAAGGGCAGACGCGACCGUCUCUACGCCGUGCGCGCGCCCCCGUGGCAAGCCAACGCGCCGCUGGGCCCAACCAUGCCCUUGCUCUGACAGUCUGGCUCCUUCGGCGGGCUCGGCCCUCGGGAACGCGGGAGCAUGGACGUCCUCGGGCCAUGGAAACACGGGAGAGGUGCUCUAAUAAGCUCCGUGUGCCCAAGCGUCCGGGUAUUUGCUUGCUCUUCUCUCUGACUACAUUAUUUUCAGUGCUGUGCUUUGCCGUGCUGUGUGCGCCAAGGUUGUCGCCUGUCACUGGUGGGAUAUCUCCUAUCAACAGCACCACGCGCAAAUGGUUCCCGCAGACUGAAAGCGCAUCCCAAAAUAAAACAUUUCUUGACAGGAUUCUUCGCGACGUCCUGCUGAUCGAGUCAUACAGCAAUUGGCCACUGUGCUUGUGACGUGGGUGCAGACACGCACACAAUAUGGGGAGG